UGCGAGCUCUGCGGCAAAACCUUCUCGAGCGACUCUUCGCUGCGGCGGCACCUCCAGGGGCACCGCGCGGGGCCCCCCGGGGCCGCCCCCUUCUCCUGCUACCGCUGCCGCAGCCCCUUCUGGUGCGGGGGGGCCCUGCGGGACCACCUGGGGGGCCCCCCCUGCCGCCGGCGGCCCCACAAGUGCCGCUCGUGCCCCAAACGCUUCGCCUCCCCCCGGGCGCUCCGCGAGCACCGGCGGCGGCACCGGGAGCGCGACGGGGACGGGGGCGACCCCGGCUUCGGGUGCGGGGAGUGCGGGAAGCGCCUCUCGAGCCGCUCCAGCCUCGAGACCCACCGGCGGAUCCACACCGGGGAGCGGCCCUACCCCUGCCCCGACUGCGGCCGGGGCUUCAUGGGCUCCAAGUCGCUGAGCAAGCACCGCAAGAGCCGCCACGGCGGCGGCUUCGUGUGCGGGGAGUGCGGGAAGAGCCUCUCGUCGGGGCCCGCGCUGGUCACGCACCGGCGGAUCCACACCGGGGAGAGGCCCUUCGCCUGCCCCGACUGCGGGAGGGGCUUCAUGGCCACCAAGUCGCUGGCCAAGCACCGCAAGGGCCACCUGAAGGGAGGGGGAGGUCCCCGCCCCAAACCCCCCUCCCCAGUUCCCCCCCAGUGCUCCCAGUGCGGGCUGGGCUUCCCCACCCGCUCGGCGCUGGAGCUGCACCGGCGGGACCACCACGGCCCCCGUCCCCAAAUUUGCGGGGACUGCGGGAAGGGAUUCCGGGACGGGGCUUCCCUGCGGCGGCACCGGCGCGUCCACACCGGGGAGAAACCCUUCGGCUGCCCCGAGUGCGGGAAGAGCUUCCGAGCCAGCUCCUCCCUCGUCAUCCACCGGCGGAGCCACACCGGGGAGAGACCCUUCGGCUGCCCCCGCUGCCCCCGGCAAUUCGCCUCCAGGUCCUCCCUGGGCAAACACCUGCGGACCCACCGAGGGGACACGGGGGACAGGGGGGACAGGGAGUGA